GGUCCACAUCGCAGUAAGUAUGUUUAUCCUCACCUCCAGACAGAAAUUGGCUCCCCUGUACCGUCGAGUUUUGUUCAGACAUGCACGACUCCCGCGUUGGUGAUUUGAUUUUUACCUGUAUCAAUUUCUAGAACUGCACGAAAGUCAAAAUGUCCGCGUCGCUUCAACAUCCUUCGUCUACUUCUUUGCACGUCGGCGCAAUGAAUAGCGCAUCUUCCACCAGUACUACGACAGCCCGCUGCCCGGUCUGCGAAUACGCCAACCGCGCAACGACGAUGUGCUGCGAGUGUGCGCAGAAAGAAAUUGAACUGCACGUGUUGGAAAAGCUGAAGGAAGAGAAAUUUUUGUACGAACAGGAAAAAAAACAAUUCAAGAAAAGACUCCAGGACUCGAUGAGAAGAACGGAAUCAGGGAUAUUCGCAGCAAAUAGACGUCGAGACCCGGCUACGGACAACGCACCGGCCUCGAGAAACUUGUCAACGUCGACAGCCUCGCUGUACCGCUCUAUUGAGGACUUGAAAAAAGAAAUCGCGAAAUUCACCACGACCUCAGAAAGGUUCCAGGAUUCCGUGUCACAGUUUUACUUCAAAAGCCUCAAUUUACGCACGGGGUCACAAGUCUACUUUUUGACGCGGGUUCCAGCGCAAAAACCAAAGGGCAAAGCGGGGCGGCAAGUAGGUCGUGGCAGUUGCUUCGGUUUCAAAAAUCACAAACAGAAAAACUAGGGCGCGAAACAUGGCGAAAAAGCGGCAUCACGUGGAGAAGUAAAAUGCUGGAUAAAGCCGCUCGUGGUGAGGGAACAGAAAAGCACUUUUCCGGUUGUAUCUAGGGGGCCAAAAAUUCCUGCAUGCGUGUCCACCACGCGGGCGGCCCCUGGGUGCGUCGCUGUGGUUGUCAAUCCGCGCGAGGGGUGAAAAGG